GGAGCCCAAUACUGAGGGCUCACUCUGAAGUUGCUCAGUUGUUUUCAGUCGUGUCGAAGGUUGUCAACUUGGCCGUAGGCUAUAAGAAAGCAUGAGACCCUGAGGAGACUUCAAAACGGAGGUUCAGAUGAAUCGGUGGCGGAGAUCAGUGGAUGAGAUUCAGGCCAGGAAACGGCAGGUCACAGAGUGUGAGCGUGCCCUGGAAGCCCUGUGCAAGGUGACUGCCUGUUUCCAACAGAUGGCCAUCUCUAUCGGAAGUAACUCAGACGGCAGCUUUCUGAGAGAGGAGAUGGACGAGACCAGAGCACUGGCUCAUAGAAUCUGCACAGGGUUGCACAGACGUCUGGUCCCUCUAUUAACAGAGAGGGCGACUGAACCUGGACAAGAGGAUCGAUUACAGGUGCAGCGACUGUGGGUUCUUUUCCUCACUGGGCUGGAGAACCUCCAACAGGACCUGCACAAAGCCAGUGACUUAAUAGACCGCUUCCCUUUGAAACAGAGAAAUGACCGCCGGGCCCUGGUGAACACAGGAGCUACAGAUGGGGUCACUGGGGUGUCUGCCCGAGCUGCUUCAGUCCAAACCCCUUGGCUAGCAGUGGAGGUGGAACAAAACCCUGACCUAAAGACGCACAUCACCCAGAUUGACGUCCUGGUCAAGGAGAUGCUCCAGAAAGUCAGCAUUCCUUUCUGGGCAGUGGAGGCUACCCAAGAGGCCUGGGUGGAAGGCGCUCAGUCUCAGGACGCUGCACACGAUCAGGAUGAGACUCUGGAAGAGAUGAUGGUGGUGUCCCAAGAUGACCAGAUGUCUGGGUGUUGUCAACCUCUAAACUGUAAGUUAGGGUGUAUGUUUUGUUUAGCGACCUGAAGACUGGGGUGUACUUUGAAACUGUUAAUGUCAGCAUACUCUCUACAUACACCGUGCAAUAACUACAAGUAGCUAUGCAAAAUGGCAUUCCUGUGUAAAAACUAAAAUGUGCAGUCCUGCAAUUUUAAAACGACAGUACACAGGACCAGCAUUUUGCAUAGCGUCGUGUUGCAAACACAUGGUAUAAAUUAGGUUUUUACAUGCACAAGUAAUUUCUAUUUACGAAUGAAAAUUAUGAACGUUAAACAUCUUUAGAUGCAGUCAAAGAGCUUACACAUGCUAAAGCUAAGGUAUGAUGAAUUAUAAAGAUCUCCUUGAUAAAAGGAUAGAUGUGUAUGUUGAAGACCUUGUAUACCUAGGUUGAUUGAUUCAUUUUGUAAUACGCUGACUACACCAAGUGGGUGCAUCCAGCCACACAAGCAGGUUGAAAUAGCAAAACAAUAAUGGUCACCAGUCAAAACAGUCGCGGACAUUUAGCUCGCUAAAUGGUUCUGGGAUAUAAAUAUUGCGUUAUUUUACCCGAAAUACACCAGGUCCUUUUCCCCCCUUUGAGGUGUUUUGACCUAUUGAGCCACAAAAUCAUGUGCCCUCUACUCCGACAAUUAAUCCACAGAUAAAAGGGGAAACCUAGUUUACUAUAUCUCCUUCAUAUGCCGUUUGGCAACCAACUUUAAGGUGCAUUACCAUCACCAACUGGACUUGAGUGUGGACCUAAAUUCAGCUUUCAAUCACCCACGUGGGUAAAUGCUCCUAAAAACCAACGACAAGAUGGUCUUGUGACACAAAUAAAACCAAGUUGCAUUUUAGCACCUGGCUACAGACACACGCGAGCAGUUUGGGUAAAAUGAUGGAACAUGUCAACAUUUAUUUUGUAACAGGGCCGGUGUGGUCAGCAUGUUAGAAUGAACGUUGUAUUGAUUGCUUGAAAAUGUAUUAUGCAA